GCGAUGGCACGGUAACACACACUGCGGUGUCUGCAGCAGAUGCACUUCAGCUCCGGAUGAUGGGAACUCUUCGGAGGACAUUACAUAAGAUGGCAAAGGUUUUCAAGAAGACCAGUGGAAACGGAGGGCUCACGCUCUACCUGGGGAAGAGAGACUAUGUGGACCACGUGGACAAAGUGGACCAAGUCGAUGGUGUUGUGAAGCUCGACACAAAGGAUUUUGGAGACAGGAAAGUGUUUGUGCAGCUGGCAUGUGCUUUCCGGUACGGUAGUGAGGACCUGGAUGUGAUGGGCCUGUGCUUCAGGAAGGACAUCUGGAUCCAAUACUUCCAGAUCUACCCUGAGAGCCCCAAGCCCACUCUGUCCGCCAUGCACGACACCCUGCUGAAGAAGGCGGGAGACGACGCAAAACCCUUCUCUUUUGAAAUUCCCAACAACCUGCCAUGCUCAGUGUGUCUGCAGCCUGGACCAGAUGAUCAGGGGAAGGCUUGUGGUGUCGACUUUGAGAUCAAAACUUACAUUGCUAAUAAGCAGUCCGAUCCGGAUGAGAAGAUUGAAAAGAAGGACACAGCUCGCCUUGUCAUUCGUAAAAUCCAGUUUGCCCCCUCCCAGAUUGGCGCCGGGCCCAAGGCUGAUAUCUGCAAAAGCUUCAUGAUGUCCGACAAGCCUGUUCACCUAGAAGCUUCACUGGAAAAAGAUCUCUACUUCCAUGGGGAACAAAUCCCCAUCAAAAUCAAAAUCAACAACGAGAGCAACAAAACAGUCAAGAAAUUCAAAAUCAGUGUGGAACAACUCACAGACAUCGUCCUUUACUCAGCAGACAAAUACACCAAGGCUGUUCUCUGCCAAGAGUUUGGAGAGACAGUGGAGUCCAACGCCACCUACGAAAAUACUCUGACUAUCACCCCCCUGCUGGCUGAAAACAAGGAGAAGAGGGGGCUGUCACUGGACGGGCGACUGAAGGAUGAGGACACUAACCUGGCCUCCACCACUAUGAUGCGACAGGGUCUAGAAAAAGAGGUUUUGGGAAUCCUGGUUUCCUACAAGAUUAAAAUUAACCUCAUGGUGGCCGGAGGAGGCCUGCUUGGUGGCCUCACUUCCAGUGAUGUCACACUGGAGCUGCCAUUGAUGCUCAUGCACCCCAAACCUGAAGAGUAAAGACUGCACAUCAGUUGUCUUGAAAGAGACCUCUCCAUAGUAAAGAAAGGAUGUUAGCCAUCGGGAGGAGAUGAAACUCACAGAAAGACUGGAAGACAACGAGGGAAUGUGGCACAAAACCAAGAAAAAAUAUGUGACGAUGUAAUGAACCCAUUUAACAUUAAAGAGGAACUGAACAUAGUUACCUUGUCAACCCAUUAAGGACACUCACAUGUUUUUUUGUUAUUGUUUUUGUUUUAAUGAAUGUCCUUUAGCUGUAGAGGGAGUACUCUCCCUGCUUAAUUGUAUGUAACAUUUAGAGACCAAAGACUGUAGAAACACACAUAUAUGCAGACAAUCAUUUCCCCCUCCCUGCAGAGCGUGAUUGGAAGAUGGGAAUUCAGUUUGAAGCCUAUAAAAGCCUCUAUUGUUUGAUGUACACCGUUACACUUAUUUUGAAACUUUUCUCUUUCCUUUAAAUUAGAUUGAGUUCUU